AUGUGGCCAUUCAAGAGAUGGAUUGGACAACCAUCAGCCACCCGUUACGAGCAACUGUACGGAACAUCAACCGAACACUCAAGUAGCGCUCGAAAUGGAGCGCCAGAGAGUAGUAUGGCAAGCCACUGGCCUCCCGAAGACCCUCAUGAUCCAGAAUACCUCAGUCGCAGUGGUAAACAUGGAUACAUGUGCGAUUACCAAAGAACGGGAUACCAAGUAGAACUUGAUGCAGUCCUUGACUCGCGCUGUCAGAAUGCCGCGGCUGGUACCCCGCGUAAUCGAGCAUAUCGAUUCCACCAACUGGGUGUUGCAUUUCUGGACAAAUACCGCUGGCUGGGGAAUUUGGGUGACCUUCAGAGGGCGAAUCAAAAUUACCAAGAGGCCAUUAAUUGCGAUUUAGGCGACCACCCUAUCCAAAGUUACAUCUUAUAUGGUCUCGCACGUACGUUCUUUUAUCAAUAUGAACGAACGGGGAAACUGGCGUGUUUGGAUAUAGCCAUCCUAAGAUCACAAGAAGCGUUGAUAACAACACCAAGCAACCACCCUAAACGACUGAAUCGACUUAAUGGGCUAGGUCGUGCAUUGCUGAGUAGAUAUGAACGGACGAGGGAUGUUACAGAUCUUGAGGCAGCUAUCCAGCAACACCAGGAAGCGCUCGACUGUGCGCCAUGUGGCGAUUCGUACUGGCUAACUGAACAAUACGGGUCUGGGCCCUGUCAUUUGGCUGAAUUCCGUAAGACAAAGGAGGAAAAGUACCGUGAUGCUGCUGUCCAGUGGUGCAAAGAGGCUACUGAAAUAGGAACAAACUACCAUCCUGACGAGUCUGAUCCGCUUUAUGGCCUAGGAGGUAAAUUUCUCGAAAGAUAUUGCCAAACAUCAGAUCUCGCAGACUUUGAUUCUGCUAUUCAACGAUACCAGGAAGCUUUUGAUCUCACACCACGUGGCCAUCCCGACCAAGCCGUUCGCAUGCGUAGCCUAGGAUAUGCAUACUCUGUCAAAUAUCAGACGACAAACGCCCAAGAAGACUUUGACGCCGCCUCUCAAUGGUACAAAAAGGCUGCCGAGCUUGCACCAGAUGCCCAGUCCGGGCGGGCGAGUUACUUUGCGGACCUCGGAGCAAUUCAAAGGGAUAAAUACAAGAAAACUGGAGCUUUCAAAGAUAUCGAGUCGGCUAUUCACUACCUUGAAAGGUCGAUCGAGCUAAGUUCAGAUGGCCAUACUGGCCGAAACUUUCAAAAAGUCAUCCAGCUGUUGGAAGACAAAGAUUGGAAACCACUACACUCAGCUUCAGAGGAGGGACACAUAGAUGUGGUCAGGCUGCUUCUGGAGAAGGGCGCUGACGUCGCUGCUGCGGUUCACGACGGGGCAACACCUUUACUUGCAGCUUCGAGUAAAGGGCACAUCGAUAUAGUCAGACUGCUGUUGGAGAAAGGUGCUGAUGUCGCCACUGGGGAUAAUUACGGAUGGACACCGCUCAUUGGAGCCUCGAGCGAAGGACACAUCGAUAUAGUCAGACUGCUCCUGGAGGAAGGGGCUGGCCUUACCGUUGCGGAUGAUGAAGGGUGGAUGCCUCUUCACGCAGCUGCGAGCUAUGGAUAUAUCGAUGUAGUCAGACUGCUCCUGGAGAAAGGCGCUGACCUUACCGUUAUAAAUUGUCAGGGGCGGACGCCGCUUCAUACAGCUUCGAGCUAUGGAUAUAUCGAAGUGGUCAGAUUGCUGCUAGGGAAUGGCGCUGACCUGAGCGUUCUGGAUUUCAACGGGCGGACGCCACUACAUGCAGCUUCGAGAUAUGGACAUGUCGAAGUGGUUGAAUUACUGCUAGAAAAAGGCGCUGACCUGAACGUUGUAGAUUUUGACGGGCGGACGCCGCUACAGACGGCUCUGGACAACGGGCACGAUGGGGCUACCUUGACCCAGUUGCUUUCAGCUGACACGAUGGCAGGGCAUUCUGCGUCCAGUAGUGGAAUAUGA